GGAGACAGAAGAGAUACCCCAAUAAUCUAUAUGAGCCUUGUUUGUUUGGCAUUUAUUUCCGCUGAUCUCGCGUUGCACAGAGGUGGAGAGGCAGGCUUGCGCUUCAUUCGCAGGAAGUCUCGGUGUUGCUACAUCGUGCAUUAGUAGCGACUUCCCGUACUAAAUGACUUUCUUAUGCUGAUCACCGAAUGACAAUUGUGAAGCAUUGCUUGAUCCUGGUUCAAUGAUUGGAAUAUUUACCUUACCUUUACACAGGAAGAUCAUCGGGAGUUGCACGCAACGUUGAGGUCAGGAAAUAAUGUUUAAUCUUCGAGAGAUGUGGAACAACCACAAUUUUCCAGGAUUUAACCAGCUAUUACGAAUUACUCAAACUUGAAUUGCUAUUCUCCGGUCACUAUACUCGAUUGCACAGCCGGCAGGAUACACUCGACACAUUUGACGAGAACACAGACCGCAAUCUGGGACAGGCUAAAAAGUAAGAGUGCGCCAGCUAUCGGUUACGGAGCACAUGUUCCACAGUUUGCAGUUUCUCCCAAAUCAGACGUCAGAGGCUGUGAAGUAAUGAGACUUCAAAUGUCGGGAAUGCAGACGAUAUAAUUGUCGUUUUGAAUUGUUAGUCGGCCCCCUGCCGAUGUUCUGCCAUUUUUUUUUCUGGCCUGGACAAACGUCCUAGAAAUCGACGCCUUUAGCCAGAAGCAGCACAGCCGUCUAUUGUUACGAAGACGAGCCACUUUCUGCGCAGUGAGCAAGAAAUAAUUCGAUAUCUUGAGUGAAAUAUCAUCGUUGUUUGUUGCUAAACUGGUUCAUCAGACAGCGAAUGAUCAACUAGAGCCAAGAAAGGAGAAAGAACGAGAAAAGUCAUGACAAUGAAUCUUGGAGUUGGAUUCUUACAAUAACAAUGCUAGGUGAUUGGAGCAGCAAAGUGGGUGGAACCCAGGUAGAAUAUAUCCCACUCGUGGAAAGAGUAUUUUGACAUUCUAAAGGCACCUACCUUCAUGUUCCGCUCGGAUACAUCCAAUUAAAUUCUCACUGGGCUAAUUAAGGAUAAAAUUCAACAUGUGAUAUCAGUCUGUAAACUGACAGUGUCUAAACAAAUAUUUGUUAAAGACGACAAAGUAAAUGCGUGUCAUAUUUUCACCGUAUCAUUUGGAAUAAAUGGAUCUUAAUCGCAAACAGCUUCUAAAAAAAGCUCUUGAUAUUAGUUGGUAAAUACAUCGGAAUAAAAUUUUGUUCAUAGGAUAAUACCUCCAUGGAUUUCGCUUUUUUUUUUCCUCGAAUGACAUUUUGAUGGAUGUUUCACCGGAGUUGUUCGUUGUGAUAACAUUUGAAGGAUUUCCAAGAUGAAGAGAUCAAACGUUUUACCUCGUACCCAUUGUUUGCGGGAGUAUAGCGGUGUAGAUUGAAGGAAAAGUGACGAAUUAAUACAAUUAUCACCAUUAGGUAUAUGGGAUUUGCAGCGAUGACCAAACGUUGUCGACAGGGUCUCGGUUCGAUUCUCCGCUGCUGAGAUGUCGUCUCCGAUACUCAUGGUUUCGCCAGCGUGUGAGGGCGCUCGCCUAGAGUCAUCUAGAGAUAGGGUGGACGUGGGCGCCCAAUGCGACCCACCCAAAUGCCUUGUCGACACCGAUGUCGUUAAACCAACGACCAGCGAUGAGUUGGCAAGGUCGACGUCGUCACAGGCAGUCUGGACGCCUCGCGACGAUCGGCAGCUCAUCAUCACGUCAGGCGCCGACAACAGUUUGUCGCCCCCUAGCGGUACAACCACAUUACUCGAUAAGCACACGGCCGCUGCGGCAGCUCGCAGGAGAGAUGCAUCUGCAAUUAGCACCAACUGCUCUGACGCUCAGAAAAGUAUGGACUGUCAUGGCCGGAGCGGCUGGGGUCGAUACGGUGAGAAUGACAAGAGUCAUACGUGUCCUGAAGAAUACGAAUUGGAACCCCGCGAUGAACUGCAGGACGCUUGCCCCCACACCGGGUUAUUACGGCGACGAGAUAGUUUCCACGACGCUGUUUCAACGGAUUGCCCCCCUACUAGCACUGCAACUGAUACACAGGGUAGUAGUACUAAUAGCAGCAGUGCAGCAUCGACAGCUCAACCCAAAGCCAGAUCAAGUCCUUUCACGUUAUCUGUGCCAGAUGUGAGCCCGGUUGAACGGAGACUCAGUAAUAAUAACGAAUUUGUGAAUCUUGCACAUCGAUCUGCCAUCGUGAACGGGGCCAUUCCACGUUUCAGUCCCCUAUCUCUGAAAGUGGGUCCUGACGGGAAGGAACCCGGACAAGCUGCCGCUGACAUGCGCGGCAACGGGAAUCACGACCACACCGUCAAACAGAGCCGAAACAUCAUGAGUUCGGCUGGUGGUAGGAGGAGGAAAUCGAACCAUAAUAACACAAGUUAUAGGCUUGGACUUCGGAAGACAUUAUUUGAAAAAAGGAAGCGAUUAAGCGAUUAUGCCUUGCUCACGGCUGUUUUUGGAAUCGUCAUAAUGAUUCUGGAGACGGAAUUAUCGUGGUUUGUCUACGGCAAGGUAAGAAAAGAAAAUAUUUUCAUUAUUUAUAUACAACACUUUCUUUUUAUUACGUGUAACAAUUUUUUUCACUUCAAUUGCAUCGUUAGAUUCAACAUAUGAAGAUACACCUCAUUAUAUAUAUGAAUGAUGCUGAGACAUGAAAGUACCCCCCCCCCCCUGCCUACAAGAGAAUUCGAAUGUAGUAUUGUCUUACGUAAGAGUCUAGUUAUUUUGAACUGAAUUGUGGCGCCUGUCUUGGGACGCCACAAAAUCACAUAAUCUCAUUACGUUGUACAAUGUCCGUGCUAGCCAAAAGGAUUAAAGUACAGUAUGUGUGUGUUGGGGGCGGGAUGUGGAUAAUUUUUUUUUCAAACUCUAUGAUUGGAAAAGGUGAAUGAAAUUUAAACUAUAUUGUUUACUUGGGCAAUCCUUUAUUUAUGGUAUCAAAGAGGAAACAAAAAUCAACAAAAUCCAGUUUUUAAAGUUUGGCAAUAUAAAUACCAUGUCGUCCCGAAGGGGAGUGGGUACUAAAAAAAAAUAGUGAAUAUCUUGUUCGGUGUUCAGAUAAUUUAUGAUGUUUGUAAUAUGUUUGUACGCCACGAUAACGGCGAACGUUUUUGUCAGUGCAGGUACAUGUAUAAGCCUAUAUAUCCCACCAAACUUCAACCCACACUUGUAAACAACAUCCUAAUGCAAUUGCUAUAUUGAGAUGAUAUAAUUUGUAGUGAAAAUUAUCGACUGGUUAAUAUGCUCGUGAGUAAAACACACACAUAGGGACGGGAUGCAUAUUGCCUUUUUUAAUUAGGUCACCGUGUAUACAUUUCGUCGUGCACUGCGUGUACACAUGAGAGAUAUUUGCAUGCAUAUGCGACACAUGUAUGACAUGUUCUUCCCUAAUUAGUCAUACCCAAACGGAACGGUUGUCAGUAACUUCGCCUGUACAUUUAUGUGCAUGUCAUUAAAACAGAAAAUGAACUACAUGGAGGAUUGAUUUUUUUAGCACUUAACACGGUCUGGUUAUAAGCAUUGGUUAUGAUAUAAUUCCAAUUUCUAUCUCAGUCACUUUAUGCUACUUGUUAGAAAAAAAAAAUCAUUCUAGUUUUGUACCACUGACAAUAACGAUAAUUGUAUGAAUAACAUCAUUGAUUCAGAAUUUAUUAAUGAGACACAAAUUAUAACCAGUUAACUCAUUCUAUUCCGGAGCUAAAGCCCUAAUAUUGCUACACAGGGUACUUGGCAAGCACACUUUCAUGUGAGCAUAGCGAACUUGAUAUCUUGUGAAGUGGUGGCCACCUUGAAUGCAUUACCAACUCAUUUGCCACUUUGUCAUAAUAUGUCAUCUCUUAUUCGCUAAAGCACGAACAGACUAUCACCCAAAACAUGGAUAGAUUAUUGAAAGCAUCUCCCCUUGAAAUGAGGCAUGUUAAAUGUAAAUACAAUAGCACUGAGCUGGAGAGAAGGCUUGUCUUAGGCCGACGUUUCACUUUGAAUGUUUCGGGUCACUGGUUCAGCUCAGACGAUUAGCUGACGAGGGCAGAGAUUUUAGUAUUGUAUUGAAGAAGGGGUUUAAAGUACACAGACAUCCCAAAUAUAGCUUUGUUCACGAAAUAAUGAAAGAGCAUCGGUUGAGCGCACUCCGGCAAAUGAACUGGUUUCGGGAUGACGUCUAUGGGGAGGCCCAUUCAAGGAGACCUAUAUUUAACAGAUAAAGAAGAGAAAAUAGGAGUAGAGGGAGGGGGAGAGACAGGGGUGGGGUAUAGUGUGUCUAUAUGAAGAGAUAAAACGAAAGAGUAGGCCUACUGUUUCAAUACAUUUCAAAUCUUUAUUUCCUUGACCAUGUCAACUUAAUGCAAAAAAAUAUUUUUGAAUUAAACUGAAUGUCUUUUAACCACAAGAUUAAUCUAGUCGAUUAUAGGCCUACCAUCGGCAUAUAUGCGUGUUAGAAAGUACGCAAUUUCUUUGUUAUAAGAACCUUGAAAUGUCAGGGUAGCCUUACAAUAACUGUGUAUACCGUAUGUAAGGAUAUACCAACUCCUAAUUCAUAUGGCAUAAAUGGGCAAAAGUGCAGGCCGUCCAUAAACUAGCAUGUUAUUACCAUCGGACAACUGCAGCCUUUAUAAUCCUCAUAAUGCACAGGCCGGGUGUAGAGCUGCAUUAUGAAUUAUUUGAAAUUUGAGAGAUUGCCUAUAUUUAUCAUAAGAUAUGCUUGCAUGAUUAUUCCCAAAAAUUGAGAGCCAUGGACAAUAGCUGUCUGUAAAAAAAGAAAAGGGGUGAAACGCAAAACCUAUUAAGACAAAGUAGGCUAUAUGAGAAAGCUAUGAGCAACGCUGUCGCCAGGAUGAACACGAUGUAAUCAACCCGCGUCCUCAUAAGCACUCCAAUUGCUAUGCAUGGGGUUGUUGUGGAAGUUUAAUGCAUGCAUAGACAAGGUAUGUCAUGCACUCAUGUACUGCCAUGCACUUAGCCUAAUGAAGAUGUGUUAUGAAUCAUUGAUGACCUACUGUAUUUUCAUUUUUCCUCCUAAAAACAACAUUUUCCACCAUGCUUUUUACAUGCUCACUGAACAUAGUGAACAGUCAUUUAUAAUUUGUUGACUGUCAAUCACAAGGCGCCCUUACGUUAUGCAUGAAAUAUCGAAAAGUCGUUGUUUAGUAAACAGGCGUCUGCAUCUAGUUUCAGAUGAUUAUAUAGGAAAUUAAGUGUAUCUUAUCAAUAUCAUAUUUGCUAGCUGUUACAUGUUUGCUUCGGGUUAAUAUUAAUGAUUUAGGAAAUAAUUACACGUCAAUGAAAUUCCAAUAUUUUAAAGAUGUUUCACGUCAAAGCUGGUCAAUUAAAUUGAUCCUUGUCACUUUGUACGACUCCUCCAUAAGACGCCAUGAAGGUGUUUAAAGACGGGAUGUGUCAUCAGAGUCGGGAAACUAAAUCAAAUUGCUUGUUUUUAAUUCAGAUUAAGUGUAAAUUUCUAAUUAUCUAAUAGAAGGUUGGACCGUUAUUGAGGCCUCGAGAAAGGCUGUUUUUACCUGUGCCUGCCAUUUAAUGUUUCUGGAAAGAACUGAUGUAUGCAUGGUCUUUCUGUCCUUAUUUGGUCGAUAAAUAAUAUGGCCCGGUCUCGUCCGUCCCAUCUUUGGUGAAAGCAUUAAAUAGGCCUGCAUCAUAAUAGGCCU